AAAUUAUUUUUGAUUAGUUAAUCUACAAAACUAAUCUUCCGAUAUUGUUGACCAAUUAUCCAAUGAGUGAUUUAACCUGUUGACCAUUUAACAUUUAAAAACAAGUUACAAUCAUAUUGACCAACAUCAGUUUCUUUGUGCUCUUCAUACACUUGAUGUUUCCUUCAUUGUUUUAAUUUAGUUUUUUUUUAUUCUAAUUGCUCUUAACAUUUAAUUAACGCCUAAUUGAUUGAUCAUCUUGAUUUUACUCUUGUCUUAACAUUUUACCCUUUUGUCUUAUCUAAUUGAAUUGAUUAAAAAAUGGAACUUGCCAAGACUCCUGUCAAUGUACUUAAAACCUUUUGUGCCAAAAAGAAUUGGACCGUUGAGUAUAACAUGAUCUCCGAAGAGGGAAGAGUCCAUGAGCCAACAUUCACUUAUCGGGUUUUCAUCGAAGAAACGGGUCAUUCUGCUCUUGCCGCUGGUUUCAGUAAAAAAAAGGCCAAACAAGCGGCUGCCCUCAAGGCCUUACAAACCCUCGCCGAGAAUGAUGAAGAAGCAAAAUCCGAAUUGGAAACAAUUGAAGACAGUAUUCCAAAUGAUUUGGAAACUUCGUUUGCCACCGAAAAGUCAAAUCCCGUCGGUAAAUUGCAAGAAGUUUGCAUGAAAAAGAAAUGGUCUCCACCGAACUAUCUUAGUGAAGAGGAAGACGGUCCACCACAUUGUAAGACUUUCACUAUCACUUGUGUACUGGAAAAUUUGGACCUCGAAUCGAAAGGCCGAGAUAAAUCAAAGAAAGGCGGUAAAAAGAUCGCAGCUCAAGAGAUGCUCAACCUUCUCGAAUUGAAAGGACUUUAUGAUGCUUCAAGUGAUUCGAGUAAAAGAGGGAAAAAUUUUAUUCCACUCAAAGGAGAUGAUUCCGAAUGUGAUAAAAGUCAACUUUUCCGGGAAUUGACUGACCCCUCACAUCAUAACCUCGACGAGGUCAUUUCAAUAAUAGACAACAAUGAAAGUGAAACAAUUAAUCAGCCUGAUCGUGAUUAUGUCACAGCUCUAAAUAAGGCAAGCCAAUUUAUCGGAGUAGAAAAUAAGAUUAUUGAAAUCAACAAUUCUACCGACGGUAAUUUCCAUGUUGCUAUUCACCUGAAAGCUGAUACAUUGAAUCAUCUUCCAAUUUUAACCGGAUACGGAACUGAUGAAAUCCUUUCCAAGGCCAAACAAAAAGCGGCUUUUACUGCGCUCACUUUAUUGGAUAAAGUUCGAUACGUUUAAUCAUCGAAAUUCAUUAUUUUAACAAUCAAUUUUAAUCUCAUUUUAUCGCCAGAAAAAUAUAUCUAUUAACCAUAAUUAUUAUUAUUGUAUUAUUUUAAUAACGAAAAAUGGUUUUUAUGUUAAUCUUAAUUUUUAAAAGUAUUGAAUUGAAUUUAACAGGAAGAAAAUAAAUUGUAAAUAUUGGAAAGUUAA